CUGGACAAAAUCUUAAAUGGGGCUUCUCACAAACUCUCUUACACAAAGUUAAAGUUAUUACUUUUGAACUGAAAAUAAAAUAAAUUUUCUAGAGCUGUGCAUGUUUACUUCUGUUUGGGGUAAAGGCGACCCAAAAUACAUUAGCAUUGGGGCCCAUAGAAGAGUAUUUACACUAUAGUACACCACCACUUUCUAACACUACUAAACCCCUGUUUCCAAAGAAGAGGAUAAGAGGAAAAUCUACACCUUUCCAACUGGAUUCUCUGGUCCUGUGGAAAUGAGCCAGUUCUUGGGGCAGCUGUGGCUCAGUGGUAGGGUUGUCAUCAGUCGCAGGGUUGGCGGUUCGUUCCAAGCUCUCACAGUCAUGUGUCAGAAACUUGGCUAUAACAUCAACAAACACUUUUUGAGUCACUGUGAGAUUAGAGUCUGGUUUUCAUGAAGUUGACCUUGUUUACGGUCAAAAUGUGUGAAAACUGAACACUCACACCACUUGUCAGAGUCUACACCAGGCUGUGUCCUAUCAGCGUUUCGUAGGUCAUGGUCAGUGAGGACACAGGGAAACUGGCAUUGGUUUACUAUACAGGUUACACAACGGAGAUGAAUGGUUAUAUUUAACAGGGUUGGUGUAUAUAAGCACCUGGAGAGAUAUUUGCAGGCUUUGGACUACAACCAUGGACAAGCUGACGAUUCUGUUUGCUGUUGUUUUGUUCCUGAGGACGGCCUCAGCAGCCACCGUAAGUCUGUUUUCAACUAACCGUGUAUUUAUAAUUAUCUAAAUCCAGCAAAAAUGAGUAACAUGGAUAAUGAUUUUUUGAUUCUUUGAGCAAAUCUUAUUUCAAACAAUCAUCAACAGUGACACCAUUAUUUGUUCAUAUGGUACAACAGCUGUGUCUUUCUUCUUAUGUUGAUGUUCUCUUCACUACCUGGCUUCUGAGCAAUACAUUUAAGCUUUUCAUUGGGUCGCAGUGUGGUGAUCAAACUGAGGAGCAUAUGUAGAAUGCUUUGGCCAGUUUCAGUCAUAAAAGAGAAAAUCAAUUUGAAGUCCAGUUAUGGUCCGACUACGUCAAGAUACUGGUUAUUGAACAACAUGUAAACAUACUGAUUGACAUAUGUUCGUAUGUGCUGUGACUGAUCCCUAUAUCUCUGGUGUCUUUGCUGCUGCUCUCCCUGUCUUGACUUUUAAUGUAAGAAUAUAAAAGAGAGGGCAGAUGCAAAUGAAAUUCGUUUUUCCAUCUUUUCAUUUAUGAUGUACACCUUUAUCACAACUACAUGUGUUAGAAUGAUACGGCUAACAGCAUUUUCUAGUUUUUGUUUUACUUAAACUACGGCUGCUUUUUACUGUCAUUGAACUCCAAAACCAUUGUUUGAUUGUGUCUCUAGCUUGGUGUGGUACAAACAGAAGGCGGUCGAGUUCAGGGACAAAACAUCCCCCUUGGUCCGUACCGCUCUAUGGAUGUUUUCAAAGGAAUCCCCUUUGCAGCUAAACCUGAACUCCUGGAGAAACCCAAACCUCACCCAGGCUGGGAUGGUAUGUAAAUGCUGGUAAUAAGUAAAAGAUUCCUUCCUCUUUCACUGAUAGUAAAUCCUCAGUGCUUUGAUUUAUUUACAGGGGUUCUUGAGGCCACGCAGUUCGCUGAUAAAUGUCUGCAGAUAGACCCGUCCCACACUUUUAGCAUUGGCACUGAAGAUUGCCUCUACCUGAACAUUUGGGUUCCUCAUGGCAAACAGUGUAACGUACUUUGCUUUUCUCUACAUAAAUUAAUAAUUUAUACUGAUAAGCUUGCUUGUAAUGUAAGCACAAAUCUUCCCUUGUUUCCCCCAGUGUCAUCAGAUCUCCCAGUUAUGAUCUGGCUUUAUGGGGGAGGCUUCAUCACUGGUUCUACAACAGACCUGAUGUUUGAUGACUACCUGUACAGCGGUCAGGAGAUUGCAGACAGAGGCGGUGUUAUUAUUGUGUCUGUGGGAUACCGUGUGGGAACGCUGGGCUUCCUCAGCUCCGGGGAUUCUGGUUUACCUGGUGAGAACUAUUUUAGGGAAUUUUAAUGUUUUUAUGCAAUGAGAGUGCUCAAGGUUGUGACUGUGACAGGAAACUAUGGUUUGUGGGACCAGCAUGCUGCCAUCGCCUGGGUUCACAGGAAUAUUCGUUCAUUUGGAGGAGACCCUGAAAACAUCACUCUCUUUGGAGAGUCAGCAGGUGGAGCUAGUGUCAGCUUCCAGGUGAGAUGCUGUAGAAGACACAAUGCCACCUCUUUUUAAACCAAAUCAUUUAAUGGUUACAGGAGAAAAAUUCUGAAAUAAUAACCAUACAGAGCAUCUCUGCAGACAAGCAUAAUACCCACUACUCUCUUUGUUUUUGGUAUAAUUGGUUUAAUUUUUAUUUAAGACCUGAAAGAGAACAGUUUUUGUUUUUUAUUUUUUUCACAGUGACUCCAGGAAAAUGGACAUUUCAACACAACUUAAAGCUCUAAUUUCCUGAUUCAUAUAUUUAUCUCCUCACAGAGUCUCUCUCCGUACAACAAAGGCCUGGUUAGAAGAGCCAUCUCCCAGAGCGGUGUGGCCCUUAGCCCGUGGGCUAUGAGCAAGAACCCACGCAAAGUUGCAGAGCAGGUACACCUUUACCUUUACAACCUUAUUUUGGUGUUGUUUGAGGAGUUCUUAAUUUUUAAGUCAUUGACUGAGGUCUUGUGUCAUUUUUGGCAAGAAAUAUAGAAAAAUACUUCAACUUUGUUUUAGGGUGAUGAAAAAAUGAAGGCUAAAAUUAUUCUUUCUGGGUAGACUGUGGAGGAACAGCGUCAUAAAAUAGUUUUGUAACCUAAACAAGCAUGAGACCUAAUAAUAAAGGCCUAUGUACACACAGCAGGCGCAGAAGAUACUUCUAAAACACUCACCAUGUUUGUUUUAGUGUUUUUCCACCUCUGCAUUUUCCCAGCACCAGUCUGUACGACUUAGACAUCCUACAAACUGCAAAUGCUUCAAACAAAAGUAACAAUAGAAAUGUGCUACAAAAAAAAAAGAAGAAAAAGAAAAACCUCAAGAUAUAUAUAAAAAGCAUGCAAAACAAUACCUCUGCAAAUUCAGCAAUCAUGAUGAAAGUGUCCCAGGCCUGUAGAUGCAUUUGUGGACCAGCCAUUUAAGCUAUUUGUUCAUAUGUCGUUUGUCCCUAUUGUUGCAUUUGUUUAAGAUGAAAAGCUUUUGCAUAUGUUUUUGAAUUUGCAUCAUUUUUGAAUUUGCAGCACAGAUCUCCAAGGAGCCUAUGUCAGUUGCUCUUGUUGUUAAGUGUACUUUAAGGAAGUAAAAAGUCACAACAGAUAAAACAUCCUGUUAGCCUCAGUACAACGCCUGGAUACCAUAACACUCUACUUCAAAUCAGUUUCAUUGUCAUGGGCUCAGGUUGCUGAAAAGGUUGGCUGCCCCACGGAUGAAAUGAUGGUGGCCUGUCUGAAAUCAACAGAUGCAGAGAUUCUCACCAUUGCUGCUCCCCAGAUCCAAUAUGGCUCCCCGGAUUGUAAGCAUCUCAGUCUCAAUCAUGUACAGCAAAUGAUCAAAUGUCACCGUGUCAAUAUGUUGACGAUCCUCAGCACUUUGUAACUAAUUCUGUUUGAAUGCUUCUCAGCUCCUGGUAUAUUGAGCCUGCUACUGUUGCCUGUCGUUGAUGGUGACUUCCUACCUGAUCAGCCAACCAACCUGUUCCAUAACACUGCUGACAUGGACCACCUUGUAGGGGUUAAUAACAUGGAUGGACAUAUCUUCACUUUCCAGGAUAUUCCUUCCAUAGGUAACAAGAAUCAAGAAACUCCUGAGUAAGGCUCAUUUGUCUUUGGGAAGAAAUUAUUUCAAAACUUAAAAAGUUGCAGAACUUUUUCACCAACAACACACUUUAUUCUACAGAGAAGAUGUUAAAAGGCUCUUGGCUGCUUACACCAAAGAGUUUGGGCAAGCUGGUUUCAAUGUGGCUUUUGCUGAGUACUCAUCCACCUGGGAAUCACCACCCAGCCAGGAGAACAUCGAGAGGACUGCUGUGGACAUUGCAACUGACUCUAGCUUCCUGGUUCCUGCACAAACUGCCAUCUACCUGCACGCUGACAACGCAGGGUGAGACAAGCUGUCGACUUCUUUUGGAUGGAAUUGAUAUUUCAGAAACUGCAGAUGUUUGUUUUGCCUUGAGAGGUUUACCUUACACAGUGAUACUUUCACAGACAAGGAGGGGAAAGACUGUACUGUUUACUUUACAAAUAAAACUGCAGACUUUUGUUUAACAACUCCUGAAAAGCUGUUUCUACUGUAAUAAUGUGAGGGUUAUGGAAAGUCCAGGUUGCUGACAAAAGUAACUGGACACAAUCAGAAUACACACAUAUAUAGAGAAAGCAUAAAAGCAUGUGAAAAUCUACUUUUACCAGGUCUGGACGUACCUUUUCUUACUUGAUGACGGAGCCCAGUGGGUUGGGUGGACCGGGCAGACCUUUUAAUUACUGGUUAGGAUCAGAUCACACCGAUGACCUGCAGUAUGUGUUUGGCAAACCCUUCGCCGUACCAACGCUGUAUGGAGACAGACAGAGAGACCUGUCCAGCUACAUGAUCGCUUACUGGACUAACUUUGCCAGAACUGGGUAAAACAAACACUACUGUUGCAGCAUUUCUCAAAACAUUAUCAUUUUAUAAAACUUAACAACAAAACUAACUUAUACUUAUACUUUAUAAUUAUACAGGAACCCUAACAAAGGAGGCCUGAAGGUGCCUGUAGUCUGGCCUGAAUUCACGACUAGUGGACAUCUGUUCCUGGACAUCAACGCAGAGAUGACUGACGGCUCCAUUGGACAGGACAUGAGGUCUCGUUUUGUUCAUCUUUGGUCCAGCAUCCUUCCUAGCCUUCCAUCAGACAUGAACAAGGCUGUCUAGUGAAGCUUUGUCAGUCGAGAAAGACGUCCCCUACCGACUAAAAUAAACCUUGUGUAAAAGACAGUUUGUCAGGAGCCCUUUUCUGUGUUUCGACAUUACUCCCUCUCCUGAAGUGUUAUUACAUGCUGCUGGUUUUGAAACAUUUUAGGAAGAAGUGCCCAUUAGCUGCAAUCUUUUAAAACUAAUUGUUAGACUGCAGAAACUUUCCCCUGCUGCUACUCUGAAUGAAUAAUACUACUGUGCUUUUGAAUGACACAUAUUACAUAAAAAAAAAACAAAAGAACUUCUAGAUGGCUCAGUUGACAAACGUGAUAUGAAAUCAUGACUAUCAAACAAAUUCUAGAAUAUCUCUUAAGUUUGAGCUGCCACUUAUGAACCAAGCAUACAGGUGCAGCUAACCAGAAUGAUAGCACCUGCAUCACAAAAGCAAAGCACCAAACAUGUGAUCAUUCCUAACCAACGUGGGAAACUAUAGUUUUACUCAUACAGGACCUGUACAGGAAUGAGAAAACACCCAGACUGGACUCACUAAUAGUGUAAAUUAUUGUGGCAUUAACCAGGAAUUAUUGGACAUCAGUGACUAAUCAAAACUAUCCCAGAAUCACUGCACACUAUAUCAGUAAUUGGACAUUUUGCACAUGCACUCAUGCAUAUUUGUUGAAUACGUUACUGUAUUUUACUUUGAAAAAAUAAGUAACUUGGUAUAUCACAGAAUAAACACCAUGAAGAUCCCGUCUUCCUUUUACUCCGAUCACUCUGACAUAGAACUACAACAAUUUUACUUUAAUUUGAAAAUACUUCAUGUGAUAUUCGAUUCCCUAUUCCUGGAGGUAACAUCACCCCUCAGGGCUCAGCUGUAAAUGUUUACCAUGUCUGGCUCCAACCCCCAUCUAACACAUUCCACGAAAAAAGCGGCUUUUCCAGUCAUUUCCAGGAGUUUGUUUAAUGAGAGGCCCGAGGACUGUUCUCUUACUACUAUAUAUCUACUGUCGUGGAAGCAGUCUUUCAAUUCACACAUAUACAAAUGCCAAAAAUCAGGGUUGAAAAAACCAAAGGUGAUUUAAGUGCAGUCCUCUAUUGCCCUAAAGGUCAACUGCUUCACCCAUAGUAAUAUGUCUGUUUAAUCUAUCCUCUGGUGAUAACUGCUGCUCCAGUAUGACUGGCUUUUUACUAACUGUCUGUGUUCAUCUAUGUCUAAUUAUUCAGAAACUACGCAGGAAAUCUUUUUAAGUAUGUAUAAUGAACCUCUGAUGACCCCCUGCAGGAAACAUAGCCAGAAAAUUUCAAAAGGCAGUAUAGUGAAAAUAUCAAAUGCACAAAAAUACAUGUGCAACACUGCAUGAUAAAACUGCAAAAAAAAAAAAAAAAA